AUGGCGCCCACGAUCGAUACCCUCAUCAUCGGCGCCGGCCCCAGUGGUCUCUGCGCCGCAAAGACACUCCUCCAACAUGACCCUGCCGCCGAAAUACUCAUCCUCGACGGUCGCGCCUCCGUCGGCGGCGUGUGGGCCCGGGAACAAAUAUACCCGAACCUCAAGACGAACAACCUCGUCUCGGCAAUCGACUUUUCUGAUUUCCCCAUGGACCCCGAGCGCUUCGGCGUCACGAUCGGGGACCAUGUUCCCGGGGAAGUCAUGCACGAGUACCUCGUUGCGUAUGCUAAACACUUUGGCGUCUGGGACAAGAUCCAACUAAACACCAAGGUCAUACGGGUGACUCGCCCAGCGGACCAGGGGCAGUGGAACGUCGACGUUGAGGAGAAUGGUGACGCCAAGACCGUGACUUGCACACGCCUCAUCGUCGCGACAGGCGUUCUCACCGCACCGCACAUGCCCAACAUCACCGGAUCCCAAGACUUCAAAGCCCCGAUCAUCCACUCCGCCGACCUCGGCCCCAGGUCAGACCUCUUCUCCUCUCCCGACAUCGCCACGGUCGCAGUCCUAGGCGGGAGCAAAUCUGCCUACGACGCGGUCCACCUAGCCGCCUCCACGGGCCACAAGGUCCGCUGGCUCAUUCGCCGCUCCGGCCGCGGGCCCGUGUGGGUCGCGCCGGCGUACACGCAGCUCGGUCCGUUCAAGGUCUGGCGCGAGCGGCUCGUCACCAGGAGAAUCUGCGCGUUCAUGUCGCCGUCCGUAUUCCCAGAUUUCUCGGGUUUCGCGUGGGUGAGACGGUUUCUGCACGAGAGCGCCGUUGGGCGGGUGGUGAGCAAGGCCUUUUGGAAGCUCAUCCGGCACGACACGAUCAACGAUUGCGGGUACCAGACGGACGAGAAGACCAAGGUGUUGCAGCCAGAGCAGAAUAUGUUCUGGUACGGCACUGCCUCUGGUAUCCUCAGCUUCGAAGACGACUUUUUCGAGUACGUCCGUAACGGCACAGUCCAGAUCUAUCGCGAAGAUAUCGAUCACCUAUCAGACGGUACCAUUCACUUCAGGGACGGCUCGAGCGUCUCCGCCGAUCUCCUAGUCACAUCGACCGGCUUCUCUGCAAAACCCACCAUCGACUUUGAGCCCGCAUCUCUCCAUUCCGACCUCGGCAUCCCUUCCACAUCCCUGGGACCCAAACAAGAAGCGUUCUGGAACGACGCAAACACAAAGGCAGACGCCGCCAUCGGCGCACGCUUCCCGCGCCUGCUCGACGGCCCCUUCCAAAGCCCCACGUCCUCAAAGACAAAGUCGUUCAACCCGGGCGCCUCAGCAGAGGCAUCCUACACCCCCUGGCGCCUCUACCGCGGCAUCGCACCGCCCGGUCUCGCAGCCCGCGACGACCGAUCCCUCGUCUUCCUGGGCGCCUUUAGCAACCUCGCCAACAUUAUGCGCCUCGAGGUGCAGUGUCUCUGGAUGCUGGCGUAUUUUGAACACGGGAUCCCCACCUUUGACGUCGACCGCCGCGGGGGUCGCGUGUUUGAGGAGACGGCGUUGUUCCAGCGGUGGGCGCAGCACCGGGCGCCGUACGGGCACGGUCGGUUUUAUCCGGACCUGGUUUUUGAUCAGUUGCCGUAUUGGGACAUGCUGCUCGGCGAUGUCGGGGUGGAGACGGCGCGGAAGGACGGCAUGUGGGCCGAGUUGUUUGAGAGCUAUACGCCGAUGGACUAUCGGGGCAUGGUACAAGAUUGGAUUGUGCAGAAUCGGUACAAGUCUUCUGCUUGA